ACCCAGGCACUGAGGUUUUCUUUUCCUCCCUCCUGUGACCCCAGCCAGGAAGCCUGACUAUAAAUACCAGCCACCUCUCCCCAGAGGCAGGGACCGGCAGCUCUGCUCACCGGAAGUCAGCACCAUGAAGCUGUUCACAGGCCUCGUCUUCUGCUCCUUGGUCCUGGGUGCCAGCGGCUUGUUAUCGUUCCUUGGAGAGGCUGCUCGAGGGACUUGGGACAUGCUAAGAGCUUACCAUGACAUGAGAGAAGCCAAUUACAUAGGCGCAGACAAAUACUUCCACGCCCGCGGGAACUAUGACGCUGCACAGAGGGGCCCUGGGGGCGCCUGGGCUGCUAAAGUCAUCAGCGAUGGCAGAGAGAAUUUUCAGAGAUUCACAGACCGUUUCAGUUUUGGAGGCAGCGGCCGUGGAGCAGAGGACUCGAGAGCCGACCAGGCUGCCAAUGAAUGGGGCCGGAGUGGCAAAGACCCCAAUCACUUCAGACCUCAUGGCCUGCCUGACAAGUACUGAGCUUCCUCUUCACUCUGCUCUCAGGAGAUGGGCUGUGAGCACCCUGAGGGCAGGGACACCCAGUUAUUGAGGUCUAUGGCCACAGAAGCCAGUGGGGGUCACAGAAUUAGUGUCUAAUAAAUCCUUAAGAGAUUGAA